AUGCCUACCGAAAUUCCUAGCCCGCCGGGUGUGCCUAUACUGGGCAAUGUUUUCAAUAUCGACCCCAACGAGACAUGGAACUCCCUCAACAAGCUAGCUAGCCAAUAUGGUCCUAUUUUCAAGAUCAACGCCGUGGGUCACCAGAUUGUAUUCAUAUGCAACGUGGCUCUUCUUGAGGAAAUUUGCGACCAAACCCGAUUCCGAAAAUGUGUGACAGGCCCGGUGGUUGAGAUUCGACAAUCUGUGCAUAAAAGUCUGUUCACGGCGGACGACGAUGACAAGCGCUGGGGAGUUGCUCACCGAAUUAUGAUGCCACACCUUACACGGGAAGCCACCGACAGUGUUUACAACGAUAUGAUGGACGUUGUUCCCGAUUUGACGAAGAAAUGGAGCGCAGGCACCAAACAGCGUGUCAAAGCAAGUGACGAUCUGGAUCUUAUUCUGCUUGCGUCUUGUAUGAAGUGCUUCUUUAAUGAGCGAGUGCACGUCCUUGGCGAAAAAGAUGAGACUCACAAAAAGGCCUGGGGUAUGGUUCAAGCGUGGGAAGGUGCCACUAUGGAAGCGUUGAAGCGACCAACUCGUCUUCCUGGUAUGAAUUUGCUCUACUUCCCGCGUUUCUAUUCCAUGACCAGGACUAUGCGCAACUAUGCCUCGGAGAUUGUGAAACAGCGAAAGGAGAACCCUGAGCUGGCGCGCAAAGAUAUGCUCGAUGCCCUUCUGAAUGGUGUUGAUCCCGAGACCAACGAAAAACUCAGGGAUGCGGAGGUCUUAGAUGAGAUUGUCACCAUCUUCAUCGGUGCCGCGACCGCUGCCAAUUUGCUUACAUAUGCGCUAUACUACCUCAGCAACAACCCAGAAGCCAUGAAGAAGGGCCAGGCCGAGAUUGACUCUAUUGUGGGAGAUGGCCCUCUGGAUCUUUCCCACUUGAAGCAGCUGAACUACGUCGAGGCUAUCCUGCGGGAGACUAUCCGUCUAUCUGCCACUGCACCUGGCUUCAACAUUGAACCUAUUCCCCGCGAUGACAAGUCCGAUAAAUCCCCUGUGCUACUCGGUGGCGGUGAAUACGAGAUCCCUUACAAUCAGCCCAUGAUUGCGAUCUUGAAUGCGGUUAACCGGGAUCCAACUGUGUUCGAGCACCCCGAGGAAUUUAAACCCGAACAAGUGCUUGGCGAGAAGUGGGAUAACCUCCCCGAGGCCGCCAAGAAGGGAUUUGGCAAUGGCAAGCGGGAGUGUAUCGGUAAGUUGUGGGCUUGGCAAUGGUCAUUCUUUACCUUGGCCAGUAUUCUCAAGGAUGUCACAUUUGAGUUGGAGGACCCCAACUAUAAGCUUCAUGCCAAUGGCGCAUUUAGUAUCAAGCCUAUGGACAUGUAUGUGCUCUUCAGCGGCCGCCAAAAGUAG